AUGUCAACAUCUCGAGUGUUUGCCAACGUUUCGCCUACCUGGGAUUUGUCUGGAUGGCUGUCUGUUGUGCAGUAAUUUCUACAAGAAAAAUGCCUAACACAGGAUUCAAAGAGCUGAACGGCAAUGAGAUAUUCAACGUGUGGCACACUGACUGUCACAAACGAUGCAACUAUCAUACGAUGGUACACCACGCGUACUCAGCUUGCCAACUAGAUCCAUACAGUCAAAUACACAGUUCAGAUUCUCUGCCGCAAAAACGGACACCUUUUCUUGAGAAGCAUUAUUCAAAAUUGUUUUUGAAUAAACGUGAGGGGAAUGAGCGUUCCAUCGGUCGCAGAAGUAUUAUUCAAGAGUGUUGUCACAAGACAUGCUCCUGGGAGGAGUUUGGGGAAUACUGCAAAGGCAACCUCCCACGACUAAUGCAUGUCGAAUACUCUAACUGUGACAACGAUGGUCUCUGAUCGUUUAAUUAAAAUCCUAUUUCUGGAACAUUUUAAGUACUGAAA